ACUUCAUGCUAGAAAAAAUUAUUUCUUUUUCCCUUUUUUUUUUGUUGCCUCUAAUUGUGUGUAAUAAUGUAAUUCCGUCAAAAUCUUGAACUUCGACUGGGCCGCCACAUCCUCGUCCCCCCGCCCUGACAGUCUCCGCCAUCGUCGUCGAUGAAGAGGAGAAACUCUCUUCCCUUCCACGACUUGGGCACCCCGAAGGGCUGGACCUCGGAGCGCGUCCCCUCGGGCGCCGCCGCCGCCGCCGCCGCCAGAGCCCACGUCAACCCCGCUUCGUCGCCUUCGUUCUCGCCCUUCAACAGCAACAGGACCUUGCCUUCCAAAUGGGAAGACGCCGAGCGGUGGAUUUGCAGCCCCGUCUCCGCCAAUAUCUCGCACCUCCCUACCCACCCCAACGUCCACCAGAGGCGGCCCAAGUCGAAGAGCGGGCCACUGGGCCAGUCCGGUUACUACCCCUGCUACUCCCCGGGCGUCGUCGACGGGUGGAGCGGGCGGAGCUUCGUCGUGGGGUCGCCGUUCUCCACGGGCGUGAUGGUGGCCGACGAAGGAGUGAUGGGCUGUGUCGGGUUGGGUCGUGGUGGUGUGCUGAGUGAGAAGGGUAAUGACGAUGGCAAUGUGGGCCGGUCUGCUAGCGGCCUUGGGUGGUCGGAGAUGGUGGAUGAGAAAUUCGAUUGUACCGAGAACAAUGGAAAUGGGGUUUCCCCCGCCGUCUCACGAAGGGACAUGGCGACUCAGAUGAGCCCAAAGAGUAGCCCCAGCUCGUCUCCGAAGAUCAGGCCUUCUAAUUGUCAAUCGCCUCCAUCCCAGAGCUUACGAUCUGAGAAGUUGGAAGUGCGGGACGUGGGGAUAGACAAGCAGGCAACCAUGAUUAGCUGGUCGAGGAGGCAUGCCGCAAGACUCUCUAGAAAGGGCGGGCAAGGGGUCGAGGACUCGAACAGAUUUGGCAAAGGAGAAGCUCAAGGAUCAUCUUGGGACACGGUAGAGACCACGAAGAACAUGUCCUGGUUGCAGAGGGAAGAAGCAAAGAUCACAGCCUGGGAAAAUCUACAGAAGGCAAAAGCAGAAGCGGCAAUAAAGAAACUAGAGAUGAAACUGGAAAGGAAGCGAUCCACAGGGAUGGACAGGAUAUUGAACAAACUGAGAACGGCUGAGGUAAGGGCUCAAGAAAUGAGAAGCUCGAUCUCGCUGCGCCAUCAGGAUUCCAAGGCUUCCCAGAAGAACAUACUCUUUCGCAGGCCUUUCUGGGUGAACUCCUUCAGGAAUUGCUUGCACUGCCACGAACUGUAGUUUCUACCAAAUCGGCUCAAUAUGAUACCUUGCGAAAGUUCUAUCUGAUUAAAGAUUGGACAUCCCCGACGAGGUGCGUUUCUUCCUCUUCUUCUGUUCAACUUCUCUGUCUUCGCAAAGCUUUAGGGCAUUCCUUUUGCCGAGACCAGCUAGCUGUAUGUGCUCUCAGAUUCUUUUUUUUGUAUGUUGUACGAGAUAAUGUAAUACUGUAUAUGAUACAUGUAAAGCAACGAGCAUUAAAAUAUCAUCACUCGUCGUAAUGUCAUUUUUCUGCUUUCUAUGAUGUUCA